AUGCGGCAGUUGGUUUUUGUCUGUUUGUUUUUCUCCCACCUUGCGACGUCGUUUCGGUUCGUUUCGGCAGGAAUUGGAAAUGCUUUUGUUCGUUACCAAACGUUGGACAUGGCUCACCGAGCUAAGGUUGAGUUGUCCGGUCAGUACAUUGGCAAGUUCCAGUGCAAGAUAGGAUACGGUAAAGCUACUCCGACGACCAGAAUUUGGGUUGGUGGUCUUGGCGCAUGGACUUCGGUUACUCAGUUGGAGCGUGAGUUCGACCGUUUUGGUGCCAUCAAAAAGAUCGAAUAUAACAAAGGGGACACCCAGGCCUACAUUCUGUACGAUUCUAUUGAUGCUGCUAUGGCUGCGGUGAAGGAAAUGCAUGGAUUCCCGUUAGGGGCACCGGAUCGUCGUAUUCGUAUCGAUUUUGCUGAUAACGGAACAACACCAUCGUUUUCAAAGCGCAGUAGAGGUUUUGAGGAAGGCGUGAGUAUCGUCGCGGCCCCGACUACGAAUAUCCGGAAGGCGGUGCAUCAUACAAGGAAAAUUCAUCAUCAUUGGUACCGGAACAUCAUUACAUCGUAUGUGUACAUUACAUGACGGAAGAUCAUCAGUAGCAUAAAACGAAAUCUCUUCAGUUUGGACUGCUAUGGCGUCGUCCUCGUCAUCAGCCUCCGCAACCAAUUCCUAUCUGGGAGGUACCGUAGCAGCAUCACGACGAGAGCACAUAAACAGCACCACGGAUUACUAUGGCUUAUUUAAUC